GCGAAGCUGGGCAGUGGAGAAGGAGCGACUCUAGGCGUGCGGCCGCGCCGGUAGCUUGGGAGUCGCUUCCGGGUUGCGCGCCGGAAGCAGGAAGUUCUCGGCUUCUCUUUCUCGCCCGGCGGCAGCUGUCCCCGAGGCGGGAGGAGCCCGAGGGGCGCGGGCCCCGCAUGGAUUUUGCAUUGGAAGACAUGGAUCUUGCUGCCAAUGAGAUCAGCAUUUAUGACAAACUUUCAGAGACGGUUGAUUUGGUGAGACAGACGGGCCAUCAAUGCGGCAUGUCAGAGAAGGCAAUUGAAAAGUUUAUCAGACAGCUGCUGGAAAAGAAUGAACCUCAGAGGGGGCCCCCCCAGUACCCUCUCCUUAUAGCUGUGUAUAAGGUCCUCGCAACCCUGGGAUUAAUCUUGCUCACUGCCUACUUUGUGAUUCAGCCUUUCAGCCCAUUACAACCUGAACCAGUGCUUUCUGGAGCGUACACCUGGCGCUCACUCAUCCAUCACAUCCGGCUGAUGUCCUUGCCCAUUACCAAGAAAUAUAUGCCAGAAAAUAAGGGAGCUCCUCUGAAUGGGGGUGAUGAAGACAGAUCCUUUCCAGAUUUUGACCCCUGGUGGACAAACGACCGUGAGCAGAAUGAGUCAGACCCCAUCCCUGCCAACUGCACUGGUUGUGCCCAGAAAUUACCCCUCAAGGUAAUGCUCCUGGAAGAUGCCCCAAAGGAAUUUGAGAGACUCCAUCCUCUGGUGAUCAAGACGGAACGGCCCCUGUUGUCGAAGGACAUUCAGCAUUUUUUGUGCCAGUACCCUGAGGUGACAGAAGGCUUCGAGGAAGGGAUUUUCGCCAAGUGGUGGCGCUGCUUUCCUCACCGGUGGUUCCCAUUUCCUUAUCCGUGGAGAAGACCUCUGAACAGAUCACACAUUUUACGUGAGCUCUUUCCUGUUUUCACCCACCUCCCAUUUCCAAAAGAUGCCUCCUUGAAAAAGUGCUUCUUUCUUCAACCAGAACCUAUUGUGGGGAGUAAGAUGCAUAGGAUGCAUGACCUGUUCACCCUUGGCAGCGGAGAGGCCAUGCUGCAGCUCAUCCCGCCCUUCCAGUGCCGGAGACACUGCCACUCCAUGGCCAUGCCGCUGGAGCCCGGCGAUAUCGGCUACGCUGGUGCCGUCCACUGGAAGGUCUACAUUGUAGCCCGAGGGGUCCAGCCAUUGGUCCUCUGUGAUGCAACCACCCUCUCAGAACCGUAGGAAACAGGACUGUGCUGAGGAACGGUUCUGAGGUGAAGACCGGAUCAAAAGGAGGAAAUAAUUUUUUUAAAAAAACAAUGAAACCACUUUCCAGGGGCUGGUUACUUGGUUCCCUGCCCUGUGCAUGCGUGUGUGAGCCAGCUGUGAGCCAGCUGAGGGCCAGCGCCUGGCGCUCCCGCUGCUGGGCUGGCAUUCUCCAGUACCUACCUGUCUGAGAGAGAUGGGGCUCCGCCAGGUCUUUUGGCCCUCCGCAGCCUCAAGGCCUUGCUCCCAGCGAGGAACUGAUGGUGCCUCCCUCACUUGCACAGCGACCCCCUCUGCUGGCCCGACUUCAGAGCCAUCCUUUUGCAGCUGGGCCUGCGUGCCCGUCUUCCUGGCCACACCACCCUGUACUGUGUUAGGAAAGCCAUGGCUGAUGAAAGAAGUCAUUGCUGUUUCCCAAACAGAAUGAAUCAAGAACCACUGAGAAAAGAUCAAACCACCUCAAACUGCACUCAAGAAGUGAACUUUCCCAGGGUCCGCGGCUCUCGGUGUCUCAGCGAUGCCAGACUAAAGUUGAUUAUAAUUGAAAUGGUUACUCCUGAAGUCAGACUUUUCUCCAUUUUAUCUUUUGGCUCUCCCCCCCUUCUCCUGGCUGGUUUCUUGGCACUUAGGCUGCUGGUCCCCCUCCCUUGCCUGCUGAGGCAGCACCAUCGCUGUGGGCUGUGUUGCUCUUACCAGUGUCUUCAGAGGGGGAUGAGCUAGAUGCUGGCCGGGUGGAGGGUGCCUCCCGGGCCUGAUCUUUAGGGUCUGACUCCAGGGAAGAUGUUUUACAGAUGUGUUAAGCUGAUGUAAUGUGGUUGGGGAAGAAAUUCCAGACCCAAAGUGUUUGCCAGCUGGGUGUGCAACUCUGUGAUCCUGUGUUACAAUGAUCUGUCUCUGUACUGGAAACAAGGUGAGGUUUUUACUUUUUGUAACAAUAUAAAGCUGUAUCCUUUUGACUGGAUAAUUCACUGUGCUCAUUUUUUCCCUUAAGUGCUGUAUUAAUCAAAUCAUGUAAAUUA